GAGGUGGGGGAAUUUGAGACAACUUCCUUGUCAUGGACAGAUCAUCAUCUCGUGGAGUUUAGUUUGACUGCUACGUCUGCCCUCUGCAGGGGUGGUGGAAGUAUCGGAAUCGGAGUUCCUCUGGUUCCCUAUCAAUGAGGUUCAGAACUUCAAAGUGGUUCCUGAUGUUCUCCUUGAAAAUGGAAGAUGUGGGAAGGAAUUAUGUAAGGCUGUCCUUCUGGUAUCCUCUGUGAACCUGCCAUUCGUGUGAGGUGCCACCCCAAGACAUCAGGAUAAAAGCAGGAGGCAGACAACAGCUGCUCACACGUGACAAGCUCUGCCGAGAUGAAGACGCUUCUGUUCUUGGGGCUGUCCCUCCUUGUAGCGCUGGCAGUGCCCAGUGCUGAAGGUAAGGUAUUUGACCGGUGUGAGCUUGCCCGGCUCAUGAAGGAGCAAGGCAUGGAUGGCUUCGUGGGACGAAAAGUGGCUGAUUGGGUCUGCCUAGCAAAGCACGAGAGCGAUUACAGGACCGAUGCUGUGAAUGACAAUGGAAGUAGCCGCGACUAUGGAAUCUUCCAGAUCAACAGCCAAUAUUGGUGUGAUGAUGGCAAGACCCCUGGUUCCAAGAAUGCUUGCCACAUUUCCUGCUACAAACUUCUAGAUGAUAACAUUUCAGAUGACAUCCAGUGUGCUAAGAAGAUAGCCCAGGAAGCCAGGGGUCUGAGUCCUUGGGUGGCCUGGAAUAGGUACUGUCGAGGGAAGGAUCUUAGCUCGUAUGUCAAGGGAUGCUUCUAGUCCAGAAACCCUGGAAACAUCUGAAGUUGAAGACAGUACUGAUGAGAGGAGAAAUGGUGGCUGAGAAGGAGUGGGUGGGUGGUGGGUGAGUCCUGUGUCUGCCACCAGGACAUCCCAGAGGUGUGUGUGUACUAAGUAGCAGAGUGACCCUGUUCAAUAAAUGUCUUCAAAAAUGA